CUUAACCACCCGUUUGGUGAUAGGCCGGCCGCCCUCCACGAGGUUCCCUCUGGAACCUUCUCACCACUUCUUCUCCUGAGACGCUGGGGCGGUCGGCGGCCAUGGCGCUCCCUCCAUCUUUUGUCCUCCCUUCCGCCCGCGCCGCCCGCUUCCCCUCUCUCUCCGAGCCCCUCCUUCCCCCGAAAUGCCCUCUCCUCGACUGCUCUCCCCUCGUAAGGCUCCGCCGGAGCGGCCGCCCCGGCAGGAGGAGCGAUGGCUUCGGCCUGGGAUCCCGAAGGGAGAAGGAUUAUAUGGCUUUGGAGAGCGGAAGGGUCGGCCUGGGAUUCCGAAGGGAGAGGGAUUAUAUGGUUUUGGAAAGCAGAAGGGAUGGGUUGUCUCGGGUUUUUUGUCUUCUUGGGGGCAGCGAGGCGGAGAGGUAUCCGUGUAGCGAGAGCGAGGGAGAAGGGGAGCAAGUUGGAGUGGAAGACGAGGAGGAGAUGAUGGCUUCCGUUGCGCCCGAGAGAUGGGAUGUAUUGGGCCUUGGGCAGGCCAUGGUGGAUUUUUCUGGCAUGGUCGAUGAUGAGUUUCUGAAGAGAUUGGGGAUAGAAAAGGGCACGAGGAAAGUUGUUAAUCAUGAGGAGAGGGGUAGGGUGUUGCGGGCUAUGGAUGGCUGCUGCUAUAAGGCUGCUGCUGGAGGUUCUCUCUCGAAUACAUUGGUGGCUUUGGCGAGACUUGGUAGAUGGCCUGGUAGUGGUCCUGUCUUAAACGUUGCUAUGGCUGGCAGUGUGGGCAGUGAUCCGUUGGGUGGUUUUUACAGGGCAAAAUUGCAAAGGGCAAAUGUCAAUUUUUUCUCUAAAGCUGUCAAGGAUGGAACAACUGGGACAGUGAUUGUUCUCACUACUCCAGAUGCCCAGCGCACCAUGCUUGCAUAUCAGGGCACUUCAUCAACUGUUGACUAUGAUCCAUACUUAGCUAGCAUAAUUUCAAAGGCAAAUGCACUUGUGAUAGAAGGUUAUUUGUUUGAACUACCUCAUACAAUUGAAACUAUCCUGAAAGCCUGCGAGGAUGCUCGCAGAAAUGGUGUGCUUAUUGCUGUUACUGCAUCUGAUGUGUCAUGCAUCGAGAGGUGUUAUGAUGAUUUCUGGGAAGUUAUAGGAAACUUUGCAGACGUCGUGUUUGCCAACAGCAAUGAAGCAAGAGCCUUCUGUGACUUAUCCUCGAAGGAUAGCCCCAUGUCCGCCGCUCGGUACUUGAGCCAUUUUGUACCUCUUGUCUCUGUUACAGAUGGGCCACGAGGCUCUUAUAUAGGCAUAAAAGGUGAAGCAAUAUAUAUACCUCCAUCUCCAUGCAUUCCUGUGGACACAUGUGGGGCUGGUGAUGCAUAUGCUUCAGGUAUCUUAUAUGGGAUUCUUAGAGGGGCAUCAGACUUAAAAGGCAUGGGCAUGCUGGCAUCUCAGGUGGCAGCUGUUGUCGUUGGACAGCAGGGUACUCGCCUUCGGGUUCAAGAUGCCUGCAGACUAACAGAGUCAUUUGCCUUCCAUCUUGAGAGCUCAAAGGUUUGGUCAGAUGUGGGAUCAGAUCAUAUUUCCAGCUUUUGAUAUAAAUUUCAUUGUAGGUCAAGUCAUAUAACUGUCAAUUGACUGAAAAAUUCUAGCCAUUUGAUUCUAACGUUUAUACAUGAAGUAAAUAUAAAUAUUUACACGUCGUCAUUUAACUCUAA